CAGAGAAGCGAAGCGUGGCCUGCGUCGGAACCUCGGGUCCUCCCGGGCUCAUGUCGCUUCUCGGCCGAAGGAAGGCGGUCCCGGCUGAUCCUCCCGCUCUUGUCCCCCCGGCCCAGCGGAGCGGGGCGGCCCCGGGCCCACCAUGACGGACCCGGACGUGCUGACGGAGGUGCCGGGCGCCCUGAAGCGCCUGGCCAAGUACGUGGUGCGCGGCUUCUACGGGCUGGAGCACGCGCUGGCCCUCGACAUCCUGAUCCGCAACCCGUGCGUCAAGGAGGAGGACAUGCUGGACCUGCUCAAGUUCGACCGCAAGCAGCUGCGCGCCGUCCUCAACACCCUCAAGGGCGACAAGUUCAUCAAGUGCCGCAUGCGGGUGGAGACGGCCGCCGACGGCAAGACCACCCGCCACAACUACUACUUCAUCAACUACCGCCUCCUGGUCAACGUGGUCAAGUACAAGCUGGACCACAUGCGGCGGCGGAUCGAGACGGACGAGCGGGAUUCCACCAACCGCGCCUCCUUCAAGUGCCCCAUCUGCUUCAGCACCUUCACCGACCUGGAGGCCAAUCAGCUCUUCGACCCCAUGACAGGGACCUUCCGCUGCACGUUCUGCGAGACCGAGGUGGAGGAGGACGAGUCGGCCAUGCCCAAGAAGGACGCCCGCACCCUGGUAGCCCGCUUUAACGAGCAGAUCGAGCCCAUCUACGUGCUGCUGCGGGAGACCGAGGACGUCAACCUGGCCUAUGAGAUCCUGGAGCCCGAGCCCACCGAGAUCCCCGCGCUCAAGCAGAGCAAGGAACGGGCGGCAGCGGCGGCAGGAGCCCCCGGCCUCACCGCGGGCCCCCCCCGGGAGGCGUGGGCCACCAAGGGCCCAUCCUACGAGGACCUCUACAAGCAGAAGGUGAUCAUCAGCAUGGACGACCAGGAAGACGCCCACCGCGGGGCGGCUGAGGGGAAGCCACCCAAGGAGAGGCCCGUCUGGCUGCGGGAGAGCACCGUCCAGGGGGCCUACGACCACGAAGACAGGGCGGACGGGACCCUGGGCAUCGCCGGCUUCCAGGAUCGGGCUGAGGGCCGGGGCGCGCCGGACGACAACGAGGAGGUCAUGCGGGCGCUGCUCAUCCACGAGAAGAAGACGCCCUCGGCCGCGGCGGGCUCGGCGGGUGCCGCGGCCCCCCUGGGCCCCGGCCGCGGCAGCGACUCGGACAGCGAGACCAGCGAGUCGGAUGAGGAGUCGCCGCCGCCGCCGCCGCGGCUGGCCGCCUUCUCCAUGCUGCCGGGCCGGGACGAGGACGAGGACGAGUUCGAGGAGGUGGCGGAUGACCCCGUGGUCAUGGUGGCCGGCCAGCCCUUCUCCUACAGUGAGGUGAGCCAGCAGCCUGAGCUGGUGGCCCAGAUGACCCCCGAGGAGAAGGAGGUCUACAUCACCAUGGGGCAGCGGAUGUUCGAGGACAUGUACGAGUGAGCCGCCUCCGCCGGGAAGACCGCCGAGAGGGGCGGUCUGCGUGGGCCUGCUCCCGGGUUCUCCAGCGAUUGGGUCCGGACCCUCGGAGCCGUCCGUCUCGGGCCCAACCCACUGCGGCCGGAGCGACAGACGCUGGGAGAGGCCGGGCCGACGGGAGUGGGUGCCGAGCGGGCCCACUCAGAGCUGCCCAAUUUUGGUGGUGUCGGGGGGCGUCCGAUCCUCCGGGGCCACCUUCCUCCUUCCCUGCCGGUUUCCAGAGCCCCCCAGGUGUCCCCCGGCCCCGGCCUGCACGUGGGCAGUCAGACUGGUGCCGCCCGAGACGGUUUUCGUUCAAGAGGAUCAUUCCUAAUCCAGAGCGCCCGGACUCCGGUGCCAGGGGAGAUGAUGCCCGCUGCCGUUUGGGACCAACUGGGGGCUGGAAACACGGCUCGCCUGCCACGCUCGGGGCAGAUUUCACCAUCUCGAUACCCUCACCCUUUUCGUAAGAAUAAACCGUAUCCAUCGAA